CUUCCAAUGGAUACCCAGCAUAGCCAAUCGUCGAUCUUAUUUUCUUCUUAUUAUACUCCUUUGCCUUCCUGGUGUCCGCGGCCCCCCGGGACGCGGUUGUCAUACACUUCAUUCCCUUUGUUUGUUCGUUCGUGAUCAACUUCCAACUUCACAGGCGUCUCUGAUAUAUUUUUUUCCAUGGUUGGUUGCUUUGGGAAAGGGGCAAGGGAUGGAAGAGGUGGCAUACUCACGCAUACGAAUCGAGAUGUCGUUUUUGUCGUUUUCCUGUUAUCAUUCUUAUCAUCUUUAUGCACCUACAUGUAUGCCGCCUUUGGAGGGACUUGGCCUUCUGUUUCUUGUGUCUUGUGUCUACUUCGUAGAGUUGCUGUUGAUGUACAUAGAUCAUUUUGUCGAUUGGAUGGGUGGUUUUGCCCUCCUUGAACUAUAUAUCACUAUGUAACUUAUUUUUCUUUCAUUUUGUUAUUCUUACU